CACACAGACACACACACUGAAGGCAGAGACACAGACGCAGGGUUAUAAAACCUCAGCUCGGUAUGUGAGCGUCAGAGGGGACACUUCACUGCCAUGAAACACACCGGCACGUUGGGACAUGGGAAAUACUCUGCAGAGGACGUUAAUAUCUCGGAGUUUACCGGAAGGAAAGAUGCUCUCUGCUCUUAAGAAAAAGACAUGUUUUCAUCUGUCUGUGGACUUUGCUGGGAUCAUUUCAUAGAUCUGAGUGUCUGUCUGUGGAUUUCUGCUUCUACCCAUCAGCUGGACUGAGAAAGACAUCUGAACUGAGCAGUGCCUCCCUUAGCUAUGGACCUCGUGACUUUCAGUGCUCAGUGAUGUUAGCGUUGAGCCACUACAACUCCUCAGCCUCCCCGCUCCUCUCUCGGCUCUCCAAUGACAGCGCAGGGAAGGCGGAGGCCCGGGUGGCUGUCGAAGAUCUGUCGCAGCCCGGAAACGUCACCUUGCCUCAGCCCACCACCAGUGGUGUCAUAGUGGUCAUACUGUCCAUGACGCUGGGCAUCAUCUCCAACAUUGUGGCCCUCUUCAUCCUGGUCAGUGCCUACUACCGCCAGCGCCGGCGCACCAAAGCCACCUUCCUUCUGUUUGCCACUUCACUGGUGGUCACAGACUUCAUUGGCCACCUGAUCCCUGGUGCCCUGGUUCUCAGACUCUACCUCUCUGGAGGUGUGGACCCCGCAGACUUCCACUCCUCUGAUAGGAUGUGCCAGUUCCUAGGCGGCAGUAUGGUGUUCUUCGGCCUGUGCCCACUCUUCAUGGGCUGUGCCAUGGCUGCUGAGCGCUGCCUGGGUGUCACCAGGCCGCUGCUUCACUCCUCCCUGGUCACCAAAACCCGCACGAAGAUCUGCCUGUCCGUCAUCUGGCUGGCAGCUCUGUGUGUGGCCCUGCUGCCCUGCUUCCAGCUGGGCUCUUACACCUACCAGGAGCCGGGGACCUGGUGCUUCAUCAACGUGCUCAGUGACACUGGGGAGGUGGAUGUGGCGUUUGUGGUGCUGUUCUCCGGACUGGGUCUGACCUCGCUAGCUGUGGCGUUUGUGUGUAACACCAUCAGUGGACUGACGCUGGUGCUCGCUCGGCUCAGGAGGAAGCCCAGCUCCCAUCACUCAGCCAAGUCCCACGACAUCGAGAUGGUGGUGCAGCUGGUCGGCAUCAUGGUCACCUCGUGUAUUUGCUGGAGUCCUCUGCUGAUCUUGGGCCUGAUGUCAGUGAUCCGCUCCUACACAGGCUCUAUCGGAGAGGACCUGUCCAGCUAUACAACCCUGAUGGUGAUGGGUGUGAGGCUGGCCACGUGGAACCAGAUCCUCGACCCCUGGGUCUACAUCCUGCUGCGCCGCACCGUCCUACGCAAGAUCUACCUCAUCGCCAAGUGCCAGGCAGGCCUUAGGGGGAAUAUGUUAGGCCGCUGGGAGCCCUCCUCCUUCCCCAGCUCCGAGAAGAACGAAGUCAACCACGUUUGAGCUGAGGGAAAGACUGAUGGUGCAUUUUGUGGAUGUACCAAUAAGCAUACCAAGAACUUGGCGUACAAAGGCAUGUAGCAUCUGGAAGGAACCUACUUAGUGGCUGUGAUGAUGGAGCCAAUCACAUCAGACAUCACCCUGACAUUUCUUGGCUGGCCCACUUUGGAAAUGUUGAAUGAAUUAAAUCAAAAUAUCUUCUUCACACACGGUAUGAGUUUGCCAGUGUGUUUAUGGCCUGACCUUACAAAUGGAAGCUAGCUAAUGCUGUGAUUUUGCACAAAACAUCAUAAACUUUCUCCUGUUUACUUAUAAUAAGUGACCAUUCCUUCCUGUUAUAUUCUCAUCUGGAAACUCGUGGCCACAGUAUAUGAAUGCAGUACUAACACGUUCUGUCCCGAGAGACUCGAAGGUGUUGUGCUUUUGUUUUUACCAGCUUUGAAAGUAAAAUGAAUGAAUUGCACAGUCAGACUGCAGACAAAUGCAGAGUUGAAGUGUAUUGGUGUGACCAUCAGAGGGCGCUCCAGAGUAACACCAGAAGUAUUUAGUGUGUAUUUUUUCUGCUGAAUGUAUUUCAUAGAGGAAUGUUAAUAUUCAAAUACUGUGGAUUUUAUGUAUAUUUCAAUUUAAAUGUGCUUUCCUUGUGUUUAUGCAUUGCUUUAUGUGAAAUAUUGUAAGAUUGUAUAAGUUAUUACUUGAAUUGUGCCCUCAAUUUACUGAGGAUAUGUAAAGAACUUUAAACUGAAUGCAAAUAAAACAGAGCAAUGUGACCUUA